AUCCGCCAAUCCAUCCCCCCGCUGCACACCGGACCUCCAGGCCAACAGACAAAGAAAACUAGCCAGCCAGCCAGUCAACCAACCCCGCACCACCGAAAACAGAGCAGCACCUCACCUCACAUACAUUCCCCAUGCUAUUCCUACGACGAGCAUAUAAACCCCAUUCGCCCCUAUUCAACCACCCGCUUCUCGCAAGCAGCUGCAGCGGCAGGCCUACCAGUACCCAUUCCAGCCAUAAAUCCAACCAGCACCGUCAACACCGCCACCGGCACUACCAUAGCAAAAUGUCCACCAGCACCGAAGCCGAAUCCCUCUUCACGGAUGAAGACAGCACCCGCAUCCUGGAUUUCUGGUUCAAGGACGUCCCCGAUCACCCAUCCAUAGAAAUGACGAAGCGUUGGUUUCAGUCGGACGCAGCAUUCGACGAGGCUUGCCGGUUCAUCCCCCCACUCCCCACCUUUCACCCCCCCGCUGACCUGAACAUAAUUGACAAGAACAAACUUCGGCCCCACCCUCUCCAAAAUAUCCCCCCUAUCCGCGGCAGCCGUAACAAGCCUCGCCACAAGCCCGCAAAAAACCCUCUCACUACUGCUCCUCCUGGACCAAAUCCCGCGGAACAUCAACCGCAAGGAUUCCAGCAGCGUGUACACGGUCACGGAUCCGCUGGCGGUGGCGGUGGCCCAGCAUGCAACGUCUCCCGCUCUGCGGUUCGAUCUAGGACCUGAUGGGGCGUGGAGAGGAGUUCCGACGCGGCGGUGUUGGUUUUAUCUGCCGCUCGAGCACGCCGAAGAUUUAGGCGCCCACCAACACGCGCAGGAGCUGCACGAAGAGCUGAUCAGGGAUUGCAAGGGUGGGCCGGGGGAGGAACUGGCAAAUUCCACGGAGGAAUUCCUGAAGUCGCAUACGGAGGUGAUCAAGAGGUUUGGAAGGUAUCCUUAUAGAAAUCAGGCACUGGGCAGGGAGAACACCAAGGAGGAGGUGGAGUGGUUGGAGAAGGAGAAAUCUCCUUGGGCUAGAUAGGGUGUUUUUUUCAGGGUUCUCUUCUUGUACUCUAAAUGAGCGAGGUGGGAAAGAGAGAGAUGAGAUCAGAUGGAGAAUAUAUGCCCUCACGCAGUCGAACUAUGGAUCCUUUGCCCUUCCCCUCCCUUCUUGCU